AUGAGCUCCACGGCAGCGGCAGGGGUAGCACCGGAGUGCGGCGGCACCAAGACAUCGUGGCCGGAGUUGGUGGGGCUCAGCGUGGAGGAAGCCAAGAAGGUGAUCCUCAAGGACAAGCCCGACGCCGACAUCGUCGUGCUGCCCGUCGGCUCGCCGGUGACCAGGGAUUAUCGCCCAAACCGGCGUGCAUCAUCUUCGUCGACACUGUCGCCGAGACGCCCCAUGUCGGCUGAUAAGCUAGCCGCUGCCUAG